AUGGCGUUGCUCGGGCAGCCUGAUUUCUUAGUCAAACACAGCUGGCAUCUUCCAUGGGCCCUUUUAUUUCUUAAAUACGUGACAACGCUUUUUGCUAUCAUUGCAAUAGGCAGGAUUCCAGUCUGGCUCAGAGGCAGUUUACUCAGAUGCGGGCCGGGUUUAUUUGAAGUUGGCUCAGAACCAUUUUAUCAUUUGUUUGAUGGGCAAGCACUUCUUCACAAGUUUGACUUCAAGGAGGGGCAUGUCACUUAUCACAGGAGGUUUAUCCGGACCGAUGCCUAUGUAAGGGCAAUGACUGAGAAAAGAGUCGUGAUUACAGAAUUUGGCACCUAUGCUUACCCAGAUCCAUGCAAGAAUAUAUUUUCCAGGUUUUUUUCAUACUUCCAAGGUGUGGAGGUCACCGACAAUGCCCUGGUGAAUGUGUACCUGGGUGAAGAUUUUUAUGCCUGUACCGAGACAAACUUCAUAACAAAAAUUAACCCAGAGAAUUUGGAAACAAUUAAAAAGGUGGAUAUCAGCAAAUAUGUUUCUGUCAAUGGAGUAACAGCACACCCCCACGUUGAGAAUGAUGGAACCGUUUACAAUAUGGGCAACUGCUUUGGAAAGAAUUUUUCCCUUGCCUACAACGUUGUACGGAUACCUCCCCUGCAAGCAGAUAAGAAAGAUCCAAUGACCAAAUGUGAGGUGAUUGUUCAGUUUCCUUGCAGUGACAGGUUCAAGCCAUCUUAUGUGCACAGCUUUGGAAUGACUCCAAAUUACAUCGUAUUUGUGGAAACACCAGUGAAAAUCAACUUGCUCAAGUUUCUUUCUUCCUGGAGUCUUUGGGGUGCCAACUACAUGGAUUGUUUUGAGUCAAAUGAAAAAAUGGGGGUAUGGAUGCAUGUAGCUGAUAGGAAAAAGAAGAAGUACCUCAACAUCAAAUUCAGGACUUCACCUUUUAACCUUUUUCAUCACAUCAACACCUAUGAAGAUCACGGUUUUCUGGUUGUGGAUUUAUGCACAUGGAAGGGGUUUGAGUUCGUUUACAAUUACUUAUAUUUAGCCAAUUUACGGGAGAACUGGGAAGAAGUCAAGAAAAAUGCCCAGAAAGCUCCUCAACCUGAAGUUCGUCGAUACGUCCUUCCCCUAAAUAUUGAAAAGGCUGACACUGGCAAAAACUUAAUCACAUUGCCUAAUACAACAGCUACUGCAGUUCUGCACAGUGAUGAAACCAUCUGGCUGGAGCCAGAAGUUAUUUUUUCAGGGCCCCGUCAAGCUUUUGAGUUUCCACAAAUAAACUAUGCAAAGUAUUCUGGGAAACCAUACACAUAUGCAUAUGGACUUGGAUUGAAUCACUUUGUUCCAGACAGGCUUUGCAAGAUGAAUAUCAAAACAAGAGAGACAUGGGUAUGGCAAGAACCAGAUGCCUAUCCCUCUGAACCAAUCUUUGUUUCACACCCAGAUGCCCUGGAAGAGGAUGAUGGUGUUGUCCUGAGCAUUGUCAUUAGUCCUGGAAGUGGACCAAAGCCUGGCUACCUUUUGAUCUUGAGCGCAAAGGACAUGAGUGAAGUCGCAAGGGCAGAAGUGGACAUAAACAUCCCAGUUACUUUUCAUGGACUCUUCAAACGAGCAUGAUGGCUGCACCUUCACUAGACCUAUUAUUAAAGCCUGACUUUUAGCAUAACGGAUGCAGCUACGAACUGUACUUAAAAAACUACACCCUUCCAACUAUCUGUCCCGAGGACCUGUAGAAGUAUUUUAACAUUUCAAAGAACUGCACACUGACAGAAUUCAAGAAUACUUUUAUAAUCCUCAUGUACUGUAGAGAAACAAAUGGUAUAUGAAACUGUCAGCAUUUGGUAUUUUUCAUUCAACAAAUAAAUUUAACUGAAAAGAA